AUGGAAGGAGAGCGUCUUUCUCAACAUCCGAAGUUCAAUAUAGAAGAUACGAACAUCGCACUUCUGGGAUCAGAUCUUGAGCGACGUGUCCGAGAGCACGCUGGUGACAAGGAAGUGGCCUGGGAGACGGCCGGUAAGGCACCAGGCCUUGAUGUUUGGAGAGUCGAACACUUCCGGAUUGCUAAAUGGCCACGGGAGCGUCACGGAACGUUUUACGAUGGAGACUCUUACCUGGUGCUGCAUACAUAUAAAAACCAUAACGAAACCGAUGCAUUAGCCUACGAUCUACACUUCUGGCUAGGCAAGGACACCAGCCAGGAUGAAGCUGGAACUGCAGCCUAUAAGACCGUGGAGUUAGACGACUAUCUCAACGGGCAGCCAGUUCAAUACCGGGAAGUCCAGGGAUUCGAGUCAUCUCGUUUCCUAUCUUACUUCCCGCACUUCAUUACCCUUCAUGGUGGAAUCUCAACUGGCUUCCACCACGUCUCUGCCCCUCCGCCUGCGGAAGUGAAGAAAUUGUACAAGAUCCAGAUCUCUCAACCACCCUACAAUCAUCUAGUUGUAAGAGAAGUUCCCGCAGAAGCUUCCAGCAUCGUUCAAGGCGCCGUUUAUGUCCUGGAUGAAGGCACCAAGGCCUUGCAAUUCAACACCAAAGAGAGCGUCGGGAAAGAACGAUUCAAAGCCGCCGAAUUUGUGCGGUUGCUCGUGAACGAGAGGCAAAGUCAACCGCAGGUUAUAGUAUACGACGAGGGCGCGUCAGGGGCAGGCAUUUUCCUAUCCGAGUUCGAAUCGGACGCCGUCCUGCCCGCACCAGUUAAGCCAAGGCAGGCUGAAAGCACCAAAGCAUCUCUCUACCGACUAUCCGAUGCUUCAGGUCGACUGGUCUUCGAGUCCAUGGGCGGAUUUACCGGGCUGGGUUCCCUGUCCUCCGGCGACGUAUACUUGAUUGACAAUACCGCGGACAUAUGCCAGCCGGCCAUCUAUGUGUGGAUCGGCAAGAGCGCGUCCCUCAACGAAAGAAGGCUGGUGAUGCAGUACGCUCAGCAGUACCUGUACAAGGCAGGUGCAGGAGCCGCAGUUAGCAUCGUGAAGAUCGCGGAGGGGAUGGAGAAUAAUCGUUUCCUGAUAAAUCUAGGAGGUUCUGCAUAG